AUGGCCAAACCGUCCAAACAUAGUUUACAUUCUCGCAAUAUUCAACUUGCAAUGAAACGUUUGCUUAAUAAAGAUCUUCAACAUGAGACCGAAAGUUCUUUGGAAUCAGAUGAAGACGAAAUGAAAAUCAAUGAAGAUUCAUCUGAUACAUUAACCCUUUGGGGACGGGAAAUUGGUGCAUUAUCAGAUUUGGAUUUGUUUUGUGGAGAUAACCGUGGUGGGAAACGUAUUGCAGAAUUUUAUGAUGUAUAUCCCGAAAUUGAAUUAGCAGCAAAAUCAUAUUCAAUUGAACGUUGUGCCAAUAAAUCGGCUGAUUUUACUGCACUGGAUUUAGCCAUUUUUAUUGAUCAGAAUUAUUACGAACUAAUAAACACAACUAAAGAUAAGAACACUAAUCUAAUUCGAUCUGUUCCAUCAUGUCGUUUAGAUCUACGUCGAUGGGGAGCACGCUUUGAUUCAAACUCAAAGCGGCCAUACUUUGAAGGACAUGAGAGAGUGGAUGUUGUUUGUGAACGUGAAAAUUUCGUUAAAUACUUUCUUGAUCGUACGGAUCAAUAUAACACUGUGUCUGAUGAUGAAAAUCCUUUAUGGAAGACUUCUACUCAAAAUCCACCGUCUAUAUUGAUAUUUCAUGAUGAAAGUACUUUUCGUUCAGGCGAGGUUUCUGCCAAACGAUGGUUGUUCGGCGACUCUGCACCAUUUUUUUCCAAAGGACGAGGAAGAUCUGUUAUGUUCAGUGAUUACUUAGUGAUGCAUCCAUCAGGUCCUUUCUUUACACUCGAUAAUAUAGAAUAUGAUCAAGCAUUAAAGAAAUAUCCUGAGCUAACUAAUAUUGAUGAUGAUGUUAAUUAA